UUGAACACGAUGACAUCUCUAGUGUUGGCUCUCUAUCUCACAUGUCUGGUCUGGGGGAAAAUGGCUCAGACGACCGAUCUGAAUUUCUCCUCAUCCAUUCAACAAGAGAGUGAUUUCGUGUCGGUUAAAACAAGGGAGAACUUGACGUUGCAGUGUUUCUAUGAAGGCAUUGUUGCUGCAAGGCUUUACUGGUAUAAGCAAACGCUGAGAGAAAAACCAAAGCUCAUCUCUACCUUCUAUAUGUAUGAUAAAAAUAAAUAUUUCUACGGUGAAUUCAAGAACAAUUCACACUUCACCUUGGAUACUGAAAAUGGUAAGAACGACCUGACAAUCACAGACUUGCACGUUUCAGACUCAGCUACUUACUUCUGCAUAAGUUGUUAUCUAUACACAUUAGACAUUUCGGUGAGCAUUACUGUCAGUGUACAGGGUUCAGGUUUGAAAGUCCCGGCUUUGGUCCACCAGUCAGCAUCUGAGAACAUCCAGCCAGGAGGCUCUGUGACCCUGAACUGUACAGUUCACACUGGGACCUGUGAUGAACAACACAGUGUUUACUGGUUCAAAGACUCUGAAGAAUCUCAUCCAGGACUCAUUUACACCCAUGGAGGAAGGAAUGAUCAGUGUGAGAGGAAACCCAUCACACAAACACACACCUGUGUCUACAACCUGCCAAUGAAGAGCCUGGAUCUGUCUCAUGCUGGGACCUACUACUGUGCUGUUGCCUCGUGUGGACACAUACUGUUUGGAGACGGGACCAAGCUGGACUUUGAGGAUCAGCCGGACUCUCCUGUUUUGGUGUAUCUCUUGAGCGGAGCUUUGACAUUCACCACCAUCCUGAGUGUUUUACUGGCUCUCUCAGUGUGCAUGAUGAACAAGACAAACAGCUUCCAAGGCAAAGAGACUCACACAAUAUCUCCAGCUCCCCCCACAGCAAAUGCAAUGGGUUACCAACAUGCUGUAAUCCUGUAUUAUGCGGCUUUAAGUGUCCACCUGCAAAACAGAUCAACAGGACAGCGGGAUCAGACCUGGAGUGAAUGUGUGUACUACAGCGUAAAGCAGUAAAACUGGACAUGUUACAUUUGUACUUCUGAGUAAGACAUGGUUUUCUCUUUAAAAUGUGAUGUAGAUUUGUAUCUUAGAUUGAAAUAAAUAUGAUUUGAUACCUUCCUUGCAGUCUGCAGCCAACAUUAAAUCUCACUAUUCUUAGCUAAUUUGCAUAUUUAUGAUACUCUUUUGUUGUCUGUGUGUUCUGACGCAGGUUAUCUUUCAACUCUGUAUAUAGGUUCAUUUUUACAAAUAAAUGUUUUUAAGAUAAGAUAAGAUAAUCCUUUAUUAGUCCCGCAGCGUGGAAAUUUGCAGGCUUACAGCAGCAUAGGGUAAAGUGCACACAAGAGACAUAGUAAAAGAAAGACAAGAUAAAAAUAAAAAUGAAAUAAAAAACGAGUAUUAUAAAUAAGCAAUAAAAAAACAGUAGAAAAUGAACAAUAACUGAAGUAUUAUAUUUACAGACAGAAAAAAACUAUUAUAGCUAUAAUUGCACAGUGUAUUGUAUUGCACGUGUUGUGUGUCAUGUGGUCUGCUGGGAGCAGCAGCUGGAAGGAAGGACCUGCGGUACCUCUCCUUCACACACCGGGGGUGAAGCAGUCGGUGGCUGAAGGAGCUGUACAGUGCUGCCAGGGUGUCCUGCAUGGGGUGGGAGGUGUUGGUCAUCAGGGAUGAUAGCUUUGCCAUCAUCCUCCUGUCUCCCACCACCUCCACCGUAUCCAGUGGACACCCCAGCACACUGCUGGCCUUCCUGACAAGUUUAUUCAGUCUCUUCUUGUCAGCUGUCGAGAUGCUGCUGCUCCAGCAGACCACUGCAUAAAAAAUGGCUGAUGCCACCACAGAGUCAAAAAAGGUCCUCAGGAGUGCUCCCUGCACUCCAAAGGACCUUAGUCUCCUCAGCAGAUACAUUUUUAUGACAUAACCAGUAUAUAUAAGCUCAGAUUCAGUGACCAUGCUUCGAGGAACGAGAUCAUCUUAUAUUUUUGUGUUCAUCUUCAUUGUUGUUCUUUAUAACCAAAUCACAUGUGUUUUUGAAUGUAAAAUUUAUGUAAUCAAUGAUAAAAAUAAAGAUUAUCAAAA